CAGCCAGCUUUCGCGAUCCAACAUGAGGCCGGCUACAUAGGUUCCAGAUGGAGGAGAAACACUCGAAUCCAAGUCACAUCAGGUCUGCUCAUGACAGAGGGGAAGAAGAGUGUGCUCAGUUUAACAUACGAGAACUCAAGAGUGCUGUAAAGAUUGUGCCGAACGGAUUCCAUAGACAGAUAAAGUUGUCAGUGAUUUAGAGCAAAAAAAUCCGUAUUCUCUGUCACACCAGCAAUUCUGCGCAACCUGUGAGAAUUCUGCAUGUACAAGCUUCCACCAGUAUGUUUGUGAAGAUGAAAUCUGCAAAAUAUCGACUGCGAACGAGGUAUAGAUUUCAGAUUGUUUCUAGCCUUGAGAACAGCUCGUGAGGCCAUCUAGAUUCUUCGAGUUUGGUGAAGAAGAGAAGCUGAGAGAUCAGUGACGUUUAGCAAUCAGAGCGGGACUAGGUGUGAAUGAGUGUACGUGUUGAUGAUACAAAUUCAAGACUUUCCACUCUACGAGCAAUGAACAGACAAAAAGGAUUCCAGGGAAACAGUCUUACGGCGGACAUCGUCACGUGUGGGAGCAAGCUUGAGCAGGUGGGAGAUGGUAUUAGAACGCUUAUCGAUUAUCUGCUGGAAUUGCAAAACAAGUACAGAUCCUCCUCUCGGCAAUUAUGCGCCGAGGACGAGGUCGACAAAUUCGUGAAAUUCCUGGACUACAUCGCUGAAGAUCGGCUUCCACUUCUGAUGGAGAACCGCAAUGCCAUGAGCACUAUAGACGCAGAACAGCUUGGACUCGAGCCCUUGAUAAGUAAAUUGAAGGAGGCGGCCAAUCGCAGAAAGACAUGGAAACUGCCCCCGACCAAGAGGAAGAGGGUUCUCAAAACGUUCCAACAAGAACUCCGCAAGUUAUUUUCGCUGACAUUCACUCGCACGAUGAUCCUUAGGGAGCAAUGCAACGACUGGGAUGUACAUAAGAGGCUGGCUGACAAGGAAGUAGAAGACAAACGGCGCCAGCUGAAGGAUGAGUUUCUCGAUCCCGUGACCGGAGAGCUCAUGUGCGAUCCGGUGAAGGGGAGCGAUGGCUUCACGUACGACAGAUGGACAUUCAUCGACGAUAACCUGACUCGAAGUCACUUCAAUCGAACCAGCGACGCGCCCUUGAGCAUUGCGUGCGAUGACGUGAACGUCCGAUCUCGACUGUUUGAAAAGUAUCAGAACUCGGGCGUAGAGGAGAGGUUUCGAGACCGCCGUCGCCAGUUUCGGGAGCACGCUAUCAUGCUUGCCAAACACGGAGGCCCAUACCGCGACUCCGAGGUGCUAAAGAUGCUCGAUCAUGUGCUCCUGUGGGACUUCGACGACGCCGAAUGCCGGCGACUGCGAGACGCCAGAGUCGAGCGACUCCGGCUGCGAAGACGCCAGAGCGUCACAACCAUCUAUCCGAGAGAUCCCUGGACUGAUGCAGCUUCGAUGGCCAUUCCACUUCCAUCUCGGCCCAUUCACAGAUGGUUGCAGCUCAUGCUGCGCAGACUCCGGUCCGCUGGCUCGCUGCUCUAUAGCAACUUGUGCGAACCGAUCUCUCAGUUGUUUGGGACGACUCUCCCGUCCGCCGCCUUGGACCUCCUUCGCAGCUGGAGGGCAAUCCCGUCCGCUUGCUUGGUCAUCCUCCGCGACGAGUGCAUCCCGACCUGUCAACGAUUUUGGAGGACACUCCAGUCCGCUGGCUCGACGCUCUUUCACAGAUUCUGCUUACCGAUCCAUCAUCGUUCUUACAGAUUGUAUCAAUCGUUGGUCUCACUUUAGACCUGGCAUGACCGUAAGGUACUCGCGAUUCAACUGAUUGCCCAAGCAGACGCCAUCCGAUCUUCUGUGGCUCUCUUACCUAUCUGAUCGAUCUCUUCGUCCGUCACAUACUGAUCGGUGUACUCUUCUGUCCCGUCCCAUGACCGUUUCACCGAUUAACUCUACGGGAAGUGUACAUUGGACUCAAAACGAACAUUUGUUCCUGUACAUUGUACUCUGAUUAUCGUACGUCUAAUCUGUAAAGAAGCUGAUGAUCGCAAUUGCAAGAGCUCUAGAAGGAAUAAGAAAACUUGUUCUACCACCAAUGAUCUUGAGCAUGAAAUGCAAGGUAAACAGUUUUGUCCCUCUGUAUUCAA